UUUCUUCAGGAAUUAUUCAUAUGUCUACUCCGCGAACUGUUCCACUUGUUCAUUUGGAAACAACCUGUAGAACCCUUCUAGACGAACUUCAGAUCAUCUGGGAUGAAAUCGGGGAGACAGAUGUUGACAGAGAUGAAAUGCUGCUUGAGCUUGAACGAGAGUGCAUGGAAAUAUACAGAAGGAAGGUAGAUCAGGCAAAUCUAUCCAAAGCUCAUAUAAAAAAGACAAUUGCUGAUUAUGAAGCCGAACUUGCUGCUAUCUGUGCAGCAAUGGGGGAGAGGCCAGUGCAUAUUUGGCAGUCAGAUGUAAAAGUUGGAAGCUUGAAGGAAGAGCUCGGGAAAAUUCUUCCGCAGGUGGAGGAGAUGAAGAAAAGGAAGAGAGAAAGAAUAAGUCAUUUCAUAAACGUCCUGGAUCAAAUACAAAUUAUCAGAAAUGAGAUAAGUAAAUCCACAGAAUCAGUUUCCUCGGAAACACUUAUAGAUGAAACUGACUUGUCCUUGAUGAAGCUUGAAGAAUUGCACAGAGAGCUUCAUGAACUUCAGAAAGAGAAGAGUAAUCGUCUGCAGCAGGUUCAGGACCACCUAAACAUGUUGAACUCACUUUGCUCAGUGAUGGGUAUGGAUUUCAAGCUGACAGUUGCUGAGGUCCAUGCUAGUUUAGGUGACUCUGAAAAAUCGAGGAGUAUUAGCAAUAACACAAUUAAGCAGUUAAGUGCAACAAUAAAUAAGUUGCGGGAAGUUAAGAUACAGAGGAUGGACAGGCUACAAGAUCUUGCAACUACCAUGUUGGAGUUGUGGAAUCUGAUGGAUACACCGAUUGAAGAACAACAGAAAUUUCAGGAUGUUACAUGUAAUAUAGCUGCUUCAGAGGAUGAAAUUACUGAACCCAACAGUCUCUCUGAGGAUUUUAUCAACUAUAUUGAGGCAGAAGUUUCUCGGUUGGAAGAGUUAAAGUCGAGAAAAAUGAAGGAGCUUGUCCUCAAGAAGCGAUCGGAGCUAAGGAAGAUCUGUAGGAAGACGCACCUGGUUCCAGACACUGGAUUAGAAGAUGUCAUUGAAGCUAUUGAGUCUGGAGUUGUUGAUGAUGAUACCAUCCUAGAACAAAUUGAACUUCAUAUUGCAAAGGUUAAAGAGGAAGCUUUUAGCAGAAAAGAAAUACUUGAAAAGAUCGAGAAAUGGUUGGCGGCAUGUGAUGAGGAGUGUUGGCUUGAGGAAUAUAACAGGGAUGAAAAUCGAUACAAUCUGGGAAAAGGAACUCAUCUUGCACUCAAGCGUGCUGAGAAAGCUCGUGCCUUGGUUAAUAAACUUCCAGGAAUGACCGAGGCAUUGAUUUCAAAGACCGUGGCUUGGGAAGAGGGGAGAGAGACUGAAUUUUUGUAUGAUGGUAUUCCUCUUCUUUCUAUGCUCGAAGAUUACGCUGCUUUACGAGAGGAAAAAGAACAACAAAGGCGCAGGUUACGGGACCAGAAGAAACUUCAAGAGCAGAUAAUAGCGGAGCAAGAGGUACUGUACGGUUCAAAAGUAUGCCCACCAAAGCAGCAGACUGCAAAAAAGUAUUCCAAGCAGUCUAGCAUUAGAAGAACCACCUCGGGAGGAUCAAUGGUUAGACCCGAUUCAGUUCAUACCCCAAGGACUCCCCAAAUACAUUCUACUAAGAAAACCGACCUUCCAUUUCAAAAUGACCAUUUAAAUCAUAGGCGGGAGGAUGCUAUUCCAGCUUCCCCAGCUUUUAGGAGAGGCAUGGACACUACCGACACUCCCUUUCGAAAGCACUGGUCAAAUGCUGUACAUGCUAAUGAAGUAGAGUCGCCACUGGUUCGUAAGCCAUUCUCGCCCAUCUAUCCAUCACCAAAAAACAAUAUGACAAACAAGCUAGAAGAUAACGGUGCACAUAAAACUUUACAGAAAAUGAUCCCGACCGAUGAUCUGCCUGACAACCUGCAUCGCUUGAGAAUAACAACUUCUUUGGUUGACGAUGAGAAUCGGAUGCCAAAGGCAACACAUUCGAUGCAGACAGACACGAUGCAAGCUCCAACAACACAAAAUACGAAGCCAAUCAAAGGAGGUCAUGAAGGGAUCGAAGAGUCAUUCGAAGAAAGAAGGCUUGCUUGUAUGCGUUCAGAUAGCCAAAUAACAUCGCUGAUACAAGUAUGAUCAUCUUCAAAAACCUUAUUAUUGCUUGAAAAUUGAAAUUGAAUCAAGAUUGAUUUGAUUUUCUUUUUAUUCAUUGUUUUAUUCUCAUGUUUAUAACUUUGGCUGUUGUGUUGUGAAUGUGGAUCU